GCCCGCCGCGCCCGCCGCGCCGCGCACCGGAUGAUGCCCCCGCGGGGGGCGGCGGGCUCCUGCCGCCGGCGGCGCCUGGCGCCCCUCAACGAGGACAACGGGCGGUUCCUGCUGCUGGCCGCCCUCAUCGCGGCGUACCUGAGCGCCGGCGCCACCGUCUUCUCGGCCCUCGAGAGCCCGUCGGAGGCGGCCGCGCAGCUCCGCUGGAACCGGACCCUGCACAACUUCAGCCGCAUCUUCAACAUCAGCCUGCCGGAGCUGCGCGCCUUCCUGCGGAGCUACGAGGCGGCUAUGGCCGCGGGCAUCCGCGUCGACGCUCUGCGGCCCCGCUGGGACUUCCCCGGCGCCUUCUACUUCGUGGGCACCGUCGUCUCCACCAUAGGUUUUGGAAUGACCACACCCGCAACUGUGGCUGGAAAGGUAUUCCUCAUCGUUUAUGGCCUUUUUGGGUGUGCUGGGACUAUCCUUUUCUUCAACCUCUUCUUGGAGCGCAUUAUCUCCCUCCUGGCAUUUAUCAUGAAGGCGUGCCACGAGAGACAGCUGCGAAGAAGUGGUCUCCUACCUCCCAACUUCCGAAGGGGGCCAGCUAUGUCUGGGGUGGGCAGCCUCGUGGGCUGGAAGCCAUCCGUUUACCAUGUGUUGCUGAUUCUGGGAAUAUUUGCUAUUACCCUUUCCUGCUGCGCCUCCGCGAUGUACACGGCGGUGGAAGGAUGGAACUACGUUGAUUCCUUGUACUAUUGCUUUGUCACAUUCAGCACCAUCGGCUUUGGAGAUUUGGUAAGCAGCCAGAACGCUGCAUACCAAAAUCAGGGAUUAUACAGAUUCGGAAACUUUGUAUUUAUAUUUAUGGGGGUAUGUUGCAUAUACUCUCUUUUUAAUGUCAUUUCAAUUGUAAUCAAGCAAGUUUUGAACUGGGUGUUGAAAAAAUUCGAAUGCAGAUGUUGCCCAAAGUGCCAUAAAUCAAGUACCCGCCUCAGCCGUCGCAACGCCAUCACCCCCGGAGCCCGCCUGCGUCGACAGAACAUCUCAGUGGACACUGAUGGACAGUACGACAGUGACACCGAGGGGAGGAGGCUCUCUGGAGAGAUGAUCUCCAUGAGGGAGCUCACGGCAUCCAAUAAAGUCUCCCUGGCCAUUUUGCAGAAGCAGUUGUCCGAGACGGCCAACGGCUACCCGAGGAAUGUUUGUAUCAAUACGAGACAAAACGGUUUCUCUGCAGGGGUGGGUGCUCUAGCCAUCAUGAACAACCGCUUGGCAGAAACGAGUGAUUCUAGGUAGAGUUUUUGAAAUUCCUUUUGUUUCUCUAAUAAAAAUGAAGUGGUGACUAGGCUGGAAUUAUCAUUGUAAGCUACUGGAAAGUUUUAAAUUCAGACACAGCCUUGGUAUUCAUUGGGCGUUCAGCAUUUUAGUCUCUGGGGGUUUUAUAAGUUUUCUCUAAUAUGCAUUGAGAUAUUUAUCAUUAUGUUACAAUUUUCCCCUGAGGGUCUUUUGGAAGAGACUUGGAUGUCUUUGAUGCAGAAUCUGAUGCAGUUACAGAAGGAUGGUGUGCAUGGUUAGGAUGGUGUCAAUACCAGCCCCUGUUCUUCAGAACAGAGCCUAAACCCAAACUCUGUGUUAAAAUGCGUUGUGGGCAAGUUUGGCUCCAUAUUCAAACAUGGGGUUGGUAAGGUUUGAUUAAACCGGUAUCUCACAGUUUGUUGAAGUCUGGAUCUGGCCCUGAGCUCUGUGCUUGAUGCUCUUCAGCAAUUCCUCACAGCAGGUCUGUAUGUAACACACAUGUAGGUGAUGGCUGCCACACCACCUUUAGUGUGAUUGUGCUUCCCUUCAAUAACCCUACUGACUUCAACAGCAGAGGAUUGAAUGGGCUGGAUUCCCCUCAUACAAAUUAUGGGUUUUAGCCAGUCAUGUCUGAAAGACUGCCUGCCACCUAACUCAUAAAAGUCAGGGGGUUAUCAAGGACCAUAUCAAAGUGUGCAAAACUAUUCCUGCCUACUGAAUAACUGGAAACAGGCAAUUGUCAUCUUCAGUACUGACUUCAUGUAAUGCAAGAGAAGCCAGUAUGCACCUCUGGUAUCAAAUGUUUGCAUCACCACUGAAAUGCUUAUUUCAUUACUUUCACAUUAAAAUAAGUCACUAAAAUGAACACAGGCUCUCUGUUGUCCUAAAUUUGCAUCUUUUGCUUCUGCAGUAUUGUUGCAGAGAUUCAUGCAAAUGAGUUCCUUGCAGUUUUUUGAGGGCUCCAGCCCUGUACUUGUUUCCCACAAAUCUGACUGUGUAGGUUAUACAGAAGAGCACUACUUUGGAGUUCCCCCCGAAAGCUGGCUUCCCCUAGAAUGCUGAUGUGAAGUCAUAAAUUGGCCUUUGGCUGUUGCUACCAUCUUAAGCCAUAUUUAACCUGCACUAGCCCAAACCACUGAAAAACCAGAAGCAAACCUGGUCUGGAGUGUCUAGUUUAGCAUAACAAAUGGGUGCAGAGGAAUUGCUGCAAAUCUCUUUUGAAAUACAUGCACAGCUCUGGAUCAUUUCUCUAAAUUCUCUCUACUAUGCUGUGAAGUUAAUUAAAAGGCUGCUGCUGAUUCCAGGCAAGAAACAAAACUUGAGCUUAUAUUCUGAACCACAGUGAUCUGCUCUUGGAAACUUCUUUUGAAGUUGUAGGCAAGACCAUGAGUAACUAGGUUGGUCACUGAAUAAAUUGAAGAAGCUGAUGAAAACAAACUGGGAAUAUUAGAAAUGAUUGAAAAUAUUUCCAUGAAGUUUCAUAUAGAUAUUUUACUCUGUUGUUUACUUACUUUACUUUGCUUUGCCUGGGUCUGGGGUAGCCAUCAUUUUUGCUUUCCUUUAAAUUUGUAGUGGUGCAAAAUGUUUUGGAAUUUAACCUUGGAAAACUAACUUUUAAUUUGAGGUUUUGCACACUUGAGCCUGCCAGAUGAAGUAUGGCAAUGAUUGUAUCUUUUUCCUGACGAAAAGGAAUCAGAGGAGCAGAUACAGAUACAGAUCCAUCACACAUGGAUCUGUAUCAUACUAAACAUAGUCACAACUUUUGUCAAGAUGCAUUUGGCCAGAAACAGGCAGUGAUGAUUGUGUUCUCUUUCUACCUGACACAGACUCACACUUAAGAUUAUGUGGUAUAGUAGAGUCCGCAUUCAAGAGGCAGGAGCUUUCUUGAUGGUAGGGAGAGUCCCCAAGGUCCACGCGUCAGAGUGCCUUCCUGUCUGUGCACUCCUGCUCUUUGAAGAAGCAGGAAGAGUUCAAAGUGUUUGGUGAUCCUAACUUGAAGCCCACUGAAGGAUAAAUUUAAGUAGGCUGUGUAGGGGCAGGUCAUGGUCUGGAGAAGACUCAAAGACUGGCUGCAGAAGUUGAAAGACCCAUUUCAGGGAGGCACCUUCUAGAAAUGCCGGGGACAUCUUUGGAAACAGCAGAGGCAGGGAACCAAAAGAAUGAAAAUUUGUUAUUUUCCCUUGGGAUUACCCCUACAGGUAAAUAACUAUGAUGGUUUAUGUGUUCGUUAAUUAAAAGUGUGAAUGAGACCCUGCUCUCUUUCUGCAGCUAGACUCUCAGGUUUGUAUCUUGGUACAUUUGCCAUCAUGAGGACUAUUACUCAUUAGAAGGAGCCCCACUCUGUGAAGUGUUGUAUAAAUCAAGGCAGAUGGGCUCUGUCCCAAAGGACUAAGGAGUUUGAAUAGAUAGGACCCCAAGCCACAGGAGAGUUUGUUAUUUUGCUCAUAAAACCAUGUUCAAAUUCAUUAACAUUCUGUGAGCUGAAGAACUCUGUGGGGAAAAAUUUGCAAAUUAAGGUGGGGGGGUUUUCAGUAAGUUGUUUUUAAAGGAUAAAUAUAACCAUAAUUAGGGUCCUGUUUAAAUGUUUGUAAAUUGUUGUCAAACUACCUAUUCCUGCCUGGGAAAUACAGUGAUGUAAUAUGAAGUUGUACAUACCUCCUCUGUACUUUUUCUGCAUUUAGGCAAAGGCAGUCUGUUGUAACAUGAUUUAAAUGUUUCUGAGUCUGUCUGGUACCAUCGUUUACAUUGGUGCCUUUGCAGGACCCUUUGCAGCUCCUGUUGACCCCAGGGGAAGUUGGACCAGGUCCCACAGCUGGGCUUCUCAAGGGAUUUGAGCAUCUGAUUGCUGCUCUAUGCACCUAGGUCUAAUGUUUAUUUAUUCCCAAGAUCCUUGAUACACUCCAUUCUGCUUCUCCUUAGCCACAGAGGCAUAUAAAGUGCAUGCCCAGUUGUUUACCAGUGCCCCUAUUUCUUGCAGUGCACAUAUCCCUAGAAGCUGAUACAGCUCAACCACAGGGACCCCCAGUUUGUAUCUAAGCCCUGUAAAAAUCCCCAACCCCAUCCAGCUCAGCAAAGCCAGUUUAUGAGAGGGUCAGAGCAAAGUUACUGAGCUGGGUCUCACUGGGAAGCAUCUGACAAAGGGUGGCCUUACAGUUCCCUCAUAUUCAGUGGCCGAAGUAUUUUUCAAGGAUGCAUGAAAACCAAGCUCCAAGUCUCUACUCUUUAGCCUGCUAACACUACCUGGGCACCCAUCACCUUUGUGCAUGAGUACCUGAGCCAAGAGGACAUAGGAGAUUUGAGAUCAGUCAUUUGUAGUCCCUUGUGCUCUCCCUUAGCAUUUUCUUAAUGAAAAUUCCUCUUUAAACUUGCCAGACAUGGGCACCUAACUCCUCUUUGAUUGUGCAUGGUCCAGCUCGGGAUUCCCUGGGGCAACCUGCUCCUUUUGUGAAUUAACCCCUAAACAUGCACCAAUUGCACCAAGUGCAAUUCCUCCUGGUAUUUCGUUUUCACAGACAAAGCAGAUACCAGCAAUACCUGGACACAGGCUGAAGCACAAGAAAUCAGAAGGAAACUGAAGGAACACAGUGGGACAGUGAAAGCACACUGCACUAGAUUGCACUUUCUUUUCAGGUAAUUUGGGAGUUGUAUUACAUUCUUGAAAUGUUUCUUUUUUUCUAGGUUUUAUUUUUGGAUAGCCUUGAAAGAAUGCAAUUAACUUAGGAUUUAAAAGUUCAUCUUCCCUGAUACAACCCCCUCAGCCCCCCCUGCAGAACAGCAGCAGUGGCUCCUAGCUGGCACAGACCAAGACAUCUCAGUUGUACAGGCUGAGAAGUUGUACAGGCAGUGCAGACCUGAGCUCAGACCCCAUGGCCCAGGUUAGUCUUUUGCUGCCUGAGCCCAGGAAAGAGCAUUCAGGAGCAGCAGAAAGCUACAGGACUUGGGACUUCUCUGUGAGCCAGCCCUUAGUGAGACCAAUGAUGGCACAGGUGUGAGCUGGUCAGACAGAGGAGAUACCGAGUUCACCUGGCACAUGUGCUAAUACCUUGCAGAUGAAAAUUAAAAUUUAGGUGAAAAUUAGUGAGUGACAAUGACCAAGCAGCAUCUUUUCUUACCCCUUGAGCUCAGGGCAGAACAAUUACAAGGACUAGUUUCUUGUGAAACCUGUAGCAUGUGGCAAGUCACUACAUUCACUUCUUGGGGUUUGUCUUCCCUGUUUGUGUCUUGGACAAAGUUUGGAGUCACACUGAGAUGUCAUCUGUUUCUCUUUGGUUUCUUCCCAUCUGCAAAGCACAGUUCUCAUUUUGUGCAAAAAAUUUAGAUCGCUUUUUUUUUGCUUGCAAUAAGGAAGGACGUCCUUCAGACCAUAUAGAUGUUCAGAGAAGUAAUCUGAGUGACCUCAGCCGCACAUGGAAGUUUCUGAAGGACGAGGCUGCAGUUUGCCUGUCUCCCUGCAGAAGAAGCAUUGCACAAGUAACUCCCAUUACUGCUAGCAAGACAUAUAAAUGUUCUUUAGGCAGUGGUUGGGGCCAUGCAGCAGGAGGCACAACUGAAAAUGCAAGAUGGGUAUUUGUGCCUCUUUGCUAUGUACGUGCUAGUUGGCAGCCCAAUUAGGAGCUCUGAUUGCAACCAGAAUUACUGGUGGAAGACAGGAGAGAUGUAAGAAUCACACCAAAGCUCUCUGUGACCAUGGUGUCCCAGCACUACUUCAGCCCUUUUCUCUUCCCCAGCUUUCUGCGGGUGAAAAUUUGGGUAUAUUAUGACCAUUUACCCAUAUUUCAGUCAUGUCUUAGCUUGCUACUGAAAGACAGACUUAUAGCAGUAGUGGAGGUCAUAUAGCCAGGUGUGUAGGCACGGUAUAAACCUGAUUGCCUAUGUGGGAUGAAUUUAUAAUUAUAUGAAAAUUAGCUAGCAAUGAGACCGUUCUCACUUCUUAGUAUUUUUCCAGCCUUUAAAUUGAAAAAUAUUCAGUGACAAAUCAUUGCAACGAAUGUUCAGAGCUAAUCUAAACAAAACCGUAUUUUGCUGAUUGCUAGCAAAUCUAUGGGUAUGGCUUCUGCUCUAAUUGGAUUACUAAUGUGCCUUUCCAAACCAAUACACAUUUGCAAUGCUAUAUUUAAAUAAUACAGUAAAUGCUAUGUUACAUAAUAACUUCAAUUAGGGCAAAUUAAUACUUGACUCACACAAAAUAACUAAUGAACUGUGCAUUGCUCAUUGUACAACCGACAUGCAAUUUCUUUUUGUGUGUGUGAAUAUGUCCAUAUUUGAGCUCAAAUUCUGCUUUCAUGAAUGCUAGGGAAACAGAAACUACAUUGUAGAAAAUAAUGGACAAUUCCACUGAGAUUCCACAAAGGAUAUGCAUAUUAGUACAUACACAGUAAGUGGUUCAUUAUGCAUGAUAAAUAUGUUGUACAGCAACAGCACUGAGGAAGGACUACUUCAGUUUACACAGCCACAGUCUGUGGCUACCAAUAAAGACACAUGCCUUUUUUCUUUCUCUUUUUGUUUAUUAAAUAGGUAACAUCCACCCUGUAAUUAGAAUAAGACUUUAAAGCAUCAAAAAGAAAAUGCAAUUGCCCUAAAGUUUGCAUAGCCAAAAAGAGGUCUAAAGUCAGAUCCAGGUGUGUCUCAGACAGCUCCCAAGCCCAGACUCAGCAUGGGAUGCAGGUAGGUUUAAAAUUGUGUAACAUCAUCAUCCCAUGUGUUUUCAGGAUUGGGCUCUCCAGCAGGUGGUGCUUUAUCAAACAGUCUUAAGAAAUACAAAGGUGUUCCCAUAUUCCUUUUAUACUUUGCAAGAUGUAACAGUACUUUUUGAAGCCAGUGAGUCAAUGCAAAAGUAAUGCUUUUAUAACAUACAAUAAACAAUGAGAAAAAAUUACUGCUAUUUCUGACUCUGCAAAUCAAACAGCCAAGUUUUCUCAAUGGGUAUAAUUUCCUAUUCCAUGCAAGUAAAAUUAUGUCCAGAAAAUUUUUGCUUGUGGUAACAUCAAUAGACUGCACAGGCAGUGCAAAAAUUCAGUUCCAAUUUCAUUAUAAAACCUCAGUAUCUGAAAGCACAUAUGAAAAUGGUUUGCAGAUUGGUGGAGGUGGGGAGGGAUUGUGUGUGUAAACAUUGUUUAUUUACAAAAAUAAAAAGUACUAUUCUACUUAUACAAACACA